UCUAAACUCUCAUUGGCCGAUUCCUUCAUGUUCCUGCUCACCCAAGUGCCCAGUUUUGAGGUGCGUAUCAAGGCCAUGGUACUUAGAGAAGUGUUCCCCCCAGCCUGUGAGAACAUGAGUCGCGACAUUGAUGUCCUACGAACCGCCACAAAAGAGCUCCUAGACUGUGAGGAACUUCAUGCCAUCCUACACCUGGUGCUGCAGGCUGGAAACAUCCUCAAUGCUGGUGGUUAUGCUGGUAACGCUGUGGGUUUCAAGCUGUCCUCUCUCCUGUCUCUGGCUGAUACCAAGGCCAAUAAACCUGGCAUGAACCUGCUGCACUUUGUAGCUCUGGAAGCACAGAAGAAGGAUGAUAAACUUCUAGAGUUUCCUGGUAAACUUCAGCAUGUCCAGUAUGCAGCACGGAUAUCAGUGGAGAACGUGGAUGCAGAGUUCCAGUCGCUGUCGUCUCGCACACGCUCAGUGGAGGAGAGCAUCCAGGAAGAGACGGAGCUGCUGCUACAGCUGGACCACUUCCUACAGAAUUCGACAGCAGCCCUGGCUGAGUUGCAGAGGGAGAGACAGGAGUUGAGGAACGAAGGGAACAUUCUGAUCGACUUCUUCUGCGAAGACAGAGAGUCCUUCAGGCUGGACGAGUGUUUCAAAGUGUUCCAAGACUUCUGCCUGAAAUUCCAGAAAGCAGUCAAGGACAACCUGGAGCGUGAGCUGAAGGAGGCGUCUCAUCGUUGGAUACAGGAGCUCGGGGAGAAACGGGCGAGCGGAGAGGAGGUGGGCGGGGUCUUCGGAAUGCGCAGCAGCGAGACAGACAUAGAGGUGGCCCUAUCCCAGGAGGAGGGGCUUAUCGAGCUUCUCAAGUCCCGCCCAUGCUCGCCGCACAGCCCCCAGAUUGCACUGGGGCGUUCCGGAAGCGUCCGCCGUUCUCGCGGCUCUGCGUCCGCCGCGGCUGACCGUCAACUGACUAGCCUGCUAACUCUAGGCAUCACCUCUGACCUUCAGGUCGUAGGGGGGUCACCGAAUCCCGGGAGGCGAUUAUGGAGGGGGGCCGAGCAGCGGGAUUCCUCCCCCAUGAGGUCACCUGAAACUGGGCUGAGGAUUCCCAACAUCUCCCCUCUGACCAGACUUCAGACCCAGGGACCUGCGGGUCACACUCAACCCCAGAACCAGCACCCUCAGGUGGACUGGCCUGGUCCCCCCUCCUCUAUACCCACCUCCCUAGGACCGAGGCAUCAACCUCAACCUGGCAUCAACUCAAAUCACAGCCCUCAGACAGCAACCAUUGACCACAAACCUAGCACAGACCUGAACCCGACCCCUGACCCUGACAACAACCACAACCAACCCAGUGGUCUGACCGUCAACCUUGAACAACACACUCUGGUUCCUAAGCUCCGAGUGUUCGACCUCGUCUUGACCCCUCACGGUCACGACCAGGGAGAUGUCGUCACCGACACAGACCUGGAGAAGGAGAUUCCCAGAGACUCUAUCCUCACGGAUACCCAGGAGAAUUCCCAAGGGCGUUCUGAGGGGUGGGAACAGAGGGAGAAAGAGGUGGAGGAGAAGGGGAGGAUGGUGGCUGCAGGGAUAGUGGAGCCUGCUGUGGGUGACCUAGAGGAGGAGAGGGGAGAACAGGAGGAGGAGAAGAGGGGAGAACAGGAGGAGGAGAAGGGGGGAGAGCAGGAGGAGGGGAGAAGGGGAGGAGAAGGGUGUGUCUCGGACAGAGACACCCCCUCUGCCACCACCACCACCAGUGGGCGAAAAGCUGUCAUCCGCACCCUCAACUCCUCAGAGAACCAGGGCAUGAGGCGUGUGGUCCCUAUCUUCAAGGCCAGUCGACAUGGCUCGAUCCGGGAACAGGUAGAGAAACUCCCUGGCCACCAGAGCUCUGGUCCACGGACCACCACCACCACCUCCUCCUCCUCUAACCCAGCCAACUGCUCUCUUAGACGGGCAGAGAGGAGCUCCGCCACACCCCGUCGCAGUAGCCUCCAGGUCGACGACCCCAAGGCCAAGUCUGUGACCACCACGGGUGUCCACGGCAGUGCCCGAGACCAACCCCAACCUUCCACCCUCCAGAGGAAGCCGUCCUUCCGAAAGCCUCUCCGCCCCGUCGCCCCCAGACCGCCUCCAGAGGAAAAGAUGUGCCGUUCCACCCUCCGAGCCCUCGCCGCCGCCGGUGGGGCUGUUCCAACAGCGGGGGGUGGAGGAGGUAACAGCCUCAGUGCCCCCCCGACCCCCUCCCACCGUGGAGGUGUCUCCAACCCCACCCCCCUCCCUGGAUUUGCCCGAAACACAGCCGCUUCCUCUUUCAGACGGACCACUCUCCCCCCCGGGAGUACCCUCACCACCUCUAAAAACUCCCCCGUUCCUCCCCUGUCCCCUCUCCCGGACCCUCACCCCUCAGCCGGGCGGGGUCGUUGAGACACCACAGGGUGGCCCCCGCGGGCCCCCCAGGCACAGACAACCCCAUCAGGAGAACACAAAGUAUCAAGGGACCCCUGCCCCCACAGACCCUCCCUGACUCGCUGGCGCAGCCUAAAGGGCAUGCUGGGAAAAACAGCAGCACUUUCCCUGACAAGUCCACCCACCUCAGAGACUCCAGUAAAGCACUGAAACCCACCUGGAGAUAGAGGCCUAGUUCCAAUACCGACAACAUACUUCCUUUUCCCCGGCCUAGUUCCAAUACCGACAACAUACUUCCUUUUCCCCGGCCUAGUUCCAAUACCGACAACAUACUUCCUUUUCCCGGCCUAGUUCCAAUACCGACAACAUACUUCCUUUUCCCCGGCCUAGUUCCAAUACCGACAAC